UUCCCAGGACUUCAUCUCUCGAUAUAAUGGUCAAAGAAACAUCUUUAAAUUAGUCCGACCAUGAAACAAUCUGUAUAUCAAUUUGUCGUUAAUAAUGUGUUGUGACCAUCGAAAUGUACCAAUGACAUGUUAUCCAUAUAGUUUCAACAUUUCCAGCAAAAUGUACCUUGUUAAUGUUGUUGACUAGUUAAAACACCGUUGAAAUUAUGGACACGCAAAUAAAAUUUACAUAAAUGAGAAUGUCAAGAUAAUACUGUUCUGAACAUAAAAACACUCCUUCAUUUUUUUGUCCAUAAGUCCUUGAUCAAAAGUAAAUAACUAUAAUUUAACGGUAAAAAUUUUGAAGCACCAUAAAUUUUUUGUAAUUUGAGACAUUGUUAUCUUGACGACUAUGUUUUAUAUUAGUCCUCCCUCCCCCGGUAUAGCAGUUGACACUUGGAAUAAACUAGGGGCUCCACUGGUAGAGCAGUUUACAGUUGGGAAUAAACUAGGUGGCUACUUUGUUUACACUAGCGCUGAUAAAGAUUUUUAUGUUUGAAAUACAGAACAGUACGUUAGAUGUUGAAACGGAGAUUUUGCAGAAGAUUCUAUCUCUCUCUCUCUCUCUCUCUUAAAAGGUUUCUAGGUCAAUUUUGAUCUUGUUGCAGUGAGAGGUGUUUAGAGCUGUGAAUUUGUUUGUUAAUGGCGGAUUUGGUAGGGCCUAGAUUGUACAGCUGUUGUAAUUGCAGAAAUCAUGUCUCACUUCAUGAUGAUAUAAUUUCCAAGGCCUUUCAGGGAAAACAUGGCCGAGCAUUUCUGUUCUCCCACGCAAUGAAUGUUGUUGUUGGGGCAAAAGAAGACAGACGUCUCUUAACCGGUCUGCAUACUGUUGCUGAUAUCCACUGUGGUGAUUGCCGUGAGGUGUUGGGUUGGAAGUACGUACGAGCUUAUGAGGCAUUGCAAAAGUACAAAGAAGGGAAGUUCAUAUUUGAGAAGUCCAAAAUUGUGAAGGAAGAUUGGUAGCAAAGGUUCCUGCCAUUUGUUCCGAUUUCUGUGUUAAGUGUACCAAUAUGCAGGUUCCUAUAUAUGCAGUGUUCUUCUUUGUACAGAAACUCGGCAUUCCUUGACAAUCUAUCAUUGUUUCUUGCGGUAAAGUUCUUUGCUUUCAUACUUUCCUUAUCGGUGUUUUGCUUCCCGGGACUUCAUCUGUAGAUAUAAUGGUCAAAGAAACAUCUUUAAA